CAGAUGUGAGCUUCGUUCCGAGUAUCAUCUUCAGAGUCGGGCAGAGUGCCAGCUCGCAGAAAGUGCCACGACUCCAAAAGUCAGUGGUGAUUGUGAAGUACUGAAGUUUUAACCGCAGGAUCAGGAUUAGGACGGUCAGGACUAGGCAACGAUGGAUGUUUACGACCCUCAAACUCUGGGCAUCGUGGUGUUUGGUGGCUUCAUGGUAUUUUCUGCCAUCGGCAUCACACUUGUAUCAACUUUUUCCAUGAAGGAAAUGUCUUUCGAGGAAGCUUUAGCCAAACAACGACAAGAAUCAGGUAAGACUCAACCCCAACGUGCAGACAAGAAGAAAAAGGCAUCAGAAAAGAAAAGCAAGGCCAAGAAGAAGGAAGAGAAACCAAAUGGGAAGCUUCCUGAAUCUGAGGCCGAGUCAGGCUCUGAAGCUGUCAUUGAGCAUAUCGAGCCCGAACAGUUACCCAAAGUGGAGCCAGAACCCCAACCCGAACCUAAACCUGUGCCUGUUGCUGGGCGGGAAAUGAAUCCCAACCCAGCUGUUCCUGAGCCUAAAGCUAUUCCCCAGCCAUCUGCUCCCAAACCUGAGGUUGUUAAGUGUUUUGCCCCUGCUGUUGUAAGUGCCGAAGCUGCUCCACUUGCUCCAUCCCAGAAGGAGAAAAAGAAGAAGAAGGUUGCCAAGGUGGAACCAGCCCCUGUCAAGCCCAUGGAGGUUCCAGAGGUCACAGUAAAGGAGGUGCCAAAUGUUGCGGAGGUGAAAGUAGAAGCAAAAAUUGUCUCUGAAGUUGCUGCUCUCCCAAAGGUUGAGGAACCUAAAACUGAAGGUCCAACCAAGAAGAAAUCAAAGAAAAAGUCUGAGCCAGUGGUUCCUGUGGAGACGCUUGACACCCCCCAGCAGUCACCAUUCAAAAUUCUGAUUUCCAGUCUGAACAAUGCUUCAUUUAGUGAACCUGAAAUGCAGAAACUUAUUGAGAUCAUCAGCAAGAAGGCAGGAAAGGACUCCUGGCAAUUGGCAUCUCAGAAGGGCGACCCAUUGGCGGCAUUGAAGAAGCAGCUGGAAGAGAAGGAGAAGCAGUUAACAGCUGAGCAGGAAAACGCAGCUGCAGCAAAGACCCGUGUCCAUGAGCUUACCAAGGAGCUGAACUCUGCAAGGAACAAGAUGACAUCCGUAGAGACCCGCAUGAGCUCCGAGUUAAGUGCCCGUGAACAGAGGAUCGCAGCUCUGCAGGCCAGCCUGCAGGAGCGCCUGAAAGCAUCCCUCCAGGAGCAUGUCCUCGAGAAACAGCAGCUCAACAGCAAGAUCCAGAGCCUGCAAGAGCAGUUAGAAAAUGGACCAACCGCUCAGCUGGCCCGUCUGCAACAGGAGAACUCCAUUCUCAGAGAUGCCCUCAACCAGGCCACAAGUCAGGCGGAGAGCAGGCAGAAUGCAGAGUUGGCCAAGCUGCGUCAAGACUGUUUACAUCUCAACCAAAAGUUGAACGAGCGUACAGUCGCACAGCAUGCCGAGGAAGACCGCAGGAAGGCUCUGGAGGCCAAGAUGGCUGCCACUGAAGAACAGCUAACACAUACAAAAGUGUCUCGUGUGGACGGAGAACAAGCUCUGCAGCAAAAGUUAGAUCGAGUCAGCGAAGAACUUCGGCAGGCUCAGAACAGCAGCAACACCCUACAGACUCAACUAGACACAGUUAAAGAGCAGGUCAAGAUCGUUGAUGAGCUACAGGAGCGUAUGCGCGUUACAGAAGCAGAGCUACAGGACAAGUGCAAAGAGCUGGAGACUAUGAGAGAACAGUUGUCUCAGACACCAAAAGAGACUCAGACUGACAAUUCAGAGGAGGUUCAACAGUUGAAGAGCAGUCUGAAAGAAAGGGAGGAUCAGCUGACAUCACUGGAGGCAGAGCUUAGUCAGUUAACAGAGGAGCUUGACACUAUAAAGAAUGCCACGGGGACUCACACAAGCGCCAACAACAUUGAAGCAGAGCAACCAUUUGAGAAUUUGGAAAAGGACGCUCGAAUGAUCUCACUGGAGGAGGCUCAGCAGCUGAAAGAAGAGAUGGAGCGAAUGAAGACCAAGAGCAAUGAACUGAGGGAGAAGAACUAUGCUGCAGUGGAGGCACUGGCUGCUGCUGAACGGUUGGGUGAAGAAAGAUUUAGUCAAGCCAGGGCUGCACAGAGUGAGGCAGAACAGCAGCUAAACUCCUUCCAGAAUGAUGCCACAAACGCACUUCAGACUCUUUUUCCUCAGGUCGCUAUAGAAACGCAUCAGAGUAACUGGCUGGAGGCGUUUACACAUGAAGCACAGGCGUCCCUCACUCACAUACAACAGAUUCCAGAAGUAUCAAGCUCAGAACUGACGGAACUACAACAGAAGCUUGUCCAAUCAGAGGAGAGGGGGCGGUUACUGCAGGCUGAGUGUGAAAAGCACAAAUCGACUCUCAAUGAAACGGAAAGCAUGCUGAAGGCAUUGCAAAAGAGUGUAGGGGAAGGAGAGCUGGCAUGGAAGUCAAAGAUCUCAGAUGCAGAAGAGCAAAGACUGGCGACCCUGGAUCGGGUGAAGGACCUGGAGGAGACGAUAGAGAGAAUUAAAGCCGACACACAGGACACAGAACAGCUGAAGGGUCAGGUGAUGCUGAUGGAAGCACAGCUGGAGAAACAGCUGGAGUCCAUAACCAUCAGUCAGACAUAUGAAGAAGAGAUGUCUCAGCUGAAGACAUUGUUAUCAGAAGCUCACAGUCAGCUGAUGUCCGCCAAAGCAGAGGCACAGGAGCAAAAAGCAGAACUUUCAUUGGUCAGACAGAAGCUACAAAAGGUCACACAGCAUAUACAGAAUGAGGACACCACACGGUUUACUCAGGCACAGAUGCAACUGGAAGAAGCCACAAAUAAACUUCAGACAGAGGAGAACACUAGACAGCAGCUGACAAGCGAUUAUGAACAGGUGCAGAAGUGUGUGAGGGAUCUCGAGGCCAAGCUAGAAGAGCUCAAAGCUCCUGGAGACGGACCAAAUGAAGAUCUAAAGGAGAGACUGGAAAAGGAGAUGAAAUUGACACAAGACCACAACCAGGCGGCCACUAAACUGCAGGAUCUCUUGAAGAUCACUCAGGAAGAACUGACCAAAGAGAAGGAGACUGUAAAGACCCUGCAGGAGCAGAUACAGGGCAAGGAAACUGAGGAGUCAAAAGAAGGGACAUCUGUCUGAUCAAAGAGUCAAGCAAAGCAGCCCUUAAUUGUUCUUAUGUAUUAUUUUGUAUUCUCUGCUACUGUAGCAAACAUGAUGAUUGUUACGAAAUGAUGCUUGUAAAGGAGCAUUUUCUAUUUUGUUGGAGUCCAUACUAGGUCACUAAAACCCAUCACCUCCUGCAAAACCGUUUUCAGUGUUAAAAAGGAGAAGUGUUCGUGAGAAAGACACAUGGCUUGUGCAAUCACUCUUUUUAUCUUUUGUUUGCAUGUUUUCAUGGGAAGAAACAUUUCAUAAUGCCACAACUACUUGCAUGUUGUUGUCGGUUGCUAAAAAUGUGAUAAGAUAAUAAAAAAGUUCACGUGA